GACCACUGCCACCGUUGGAGGAGAUAUGCCUAUUGCCCAGACUCACUUGCUGCGUCUUGAUUACGCUCAACUGGCGACUUGUUUACUAUAAAUAUGCACAGUGGGCAUCAGGGAAGCCCGGGGUGGACUAAAAACGUUGGUCACGCCAUAAAAGCAGGCGUUCUCCUCGCAUUAAGACGGCAAGGUGGUUGACCAUAGUGUAGACCUAUAUCAGUAAAGAGGUCGUAGUUGGAGGCCUGAAGAUGCUUCUGUCUCCCAUCCGUUGUAUCAUCCUUCUUCUCCUUGUGAACUUCGUCUAUUCUGGACGAGUUCUGAGGAAGAUCAAGGAGCACGUGCGUAAAAUCCAAUAUGAGAAAGCGAAGAAGAAUGUGCUGAUGAGCGCAGUCAACGGGCAUAAGCCCAUGAGCGAAGUGAGAGACGGGAAAAUUCACCAACCCCUGGACCACUUCGACAGUCAAAACGAUGAAACAUUUCCUCAGAGGUUUUUCGUGAAUGAAGCCUAUUGGGAGCGUCCUCAUGGCCCAGUGUUCCUGUUCAUCGGAGGGGAGGGCCCCAUCUCUGAGUUCAAUGUGCUGGCAGGCCACCAUGUGGACAUGGCUGAGGAGCACGGGGCCCUGCUUGUGGCCCUGGAGCAUCGUUUCUAUGGCGAGAGCAUCAACAAAGAUGGCCUGGAGACUGAGAACCUGGGAGACCUGUCCAGCCAGCAGGCUCUUGCCGACGUCGCAGAAUUCCAUCAAUACAUCAGCGAUCGCUUUGACCUCUCUGACAAGAAUACCUGGAUCAGCUUUGGAGGUUCCUAUGCUGGGGCCUUGUCUGCCUGGCUCAGGGGAAAGUUCCCUCACCUGGUCUACGGUGCUGUGGCCUCCUCUGCUCCUGUCAAAGCCAAACUGGACUUCUCCACCUUCAACAAAGUGGUGGGUCUGAGCCUUGCGGACGAGGACGUUGGAGGUUCAGAUAAGUGUGUGGGGGACAUCUGGGAGGCCUUUGCUGCUGUGGAGGCCGCCCUGUUUGCAGGAAAUGCCACUGAGGUGGGGAAGGACUUUGGGUGCUGUGAGAUCCCUGAGGAUCUGGAGGACCAGAUCGAGGUCAUGCAGAGCCUGGCCGACAUCGUCAUGGGAACCGUGGAGUACAACGAGGAGGGGGGAAUCCUGACUAUUGAGGAGAUCUGUAAAAUAAUGACCAAUGAGACAGAGACCUACGAUUCGGAGACUGAGGCAUACGACCGGCUGAUUAAGCUGGUGCAGAUCUACCGGGCCACAAGCGAGGAGCCCUGUCUGGAUGCUUCCCACAAGCAGACCAUCCAGGACCUGAGUAACACGAAUCUGGACACUGCCUACAAUGGAGAGAGACAGUGGUACUACCAGACCUGUACUGAGUUCGGCUUCUUCCAGACGUGUGAGGACGCCAGCUGUCCCUUCUCCCGCAUGCUGACCCUGCAGGCUCAGACCGACCUGUGUCCUGAGGUGUUCAACAUCCCCCAGCACAGUCUGCCCGGACACAUCGCCUUCACCAACAAGUACUAUGGAGGAGACCACCCCGACACCGACAGGGUGCUCUAUGUCAACGGUGACAUUGACCCCUGGCAUGAGCUCAGCGUUCUGGAAGAGGACUUGGACAAGGAGGACAAAGAUAUGACCAUCCUCAUCAAGGGUACCUCCCACUGUGCCGACAUGAACCCCGGCGGCGCUGCAGACCGCCCCGCCCUGAAGCAGGCCCGCAAAGCCAUUGAGAGGAAAGUUGCCAAGUGGCUGAAGGAAGCUGCCUGGAAGCUUGUGGGCUGAUGGACCCAACGACAGGUUACCUGAUCAUCUGACCUUCCUGACCAUCACUCAGCCAAUCAAACUUUGGGCAGUGAAUCACAUGGUGCUGUGGACUGAGCCCCUCUUCAUGUUUCUCCCCAUGGGUCAGGUCCUCUAAGGUGGUGUUCUUCUGUUUUUUUUUCUAACAUUCUUCUAGUGUUUUCCUAUUGUUUUUCCUGGUGUUUUCCUAACGUUUUUCUAGUGUUUCUUCUAUGGUUUUCCUGAUGUUUUUCCUGGUGUUUUCCUAAUGUUUUUCUUGUGUUUUUCCUAUGGUUUUUCCUGGUGUUUUUCUAACGUUCUUCUAGUUUUUACGUUUGUGGUUUUCUAACGUUUGCGUUUUUCCUAACGUUUUUAUAGUGUUUUUCUAACAUUUUCAUUGUGUUUAUUGAACGUUUUUAUAGCGUGCUUGAAUUUACUCCAGUAUAUAAGUUAUAUUUUAAUAGACAGUUUUAGUAAUUUAGGGAAACAUUUAUAAUGCUGUACACAGUAUUUAAGUUUCCUAACUACGUACUGGUAGCGUAUAGCUAACCAGAGAGUCUCAGUAUAAGACGACUUUAACAUCAUGGAGUGUUCUAAGGUUUACAGACUGUUCACACAUUUUCCUUUGUCUGGAUUCAGUGAAGUUAUCUCAGACAAAACAUUAUCUGAAUGUGUACUGGAUUGCUUUGAAGCUUGUGUGGAUCUUUUUAGGAGGAGUUCAUUUGAUUUAAUCCUGCAAGUUGGGAAAAGUAUUAUCAAUAAAAGUUUGCUGAUAA